UUGAUGUACCUUUGUAUGAUCACAAUCAAUAUCAGCCCUUACCCACAAUUCAGUGUUAAGUGAAACGCAAGACAGCAACAUUCCUUACUGAGAAUGAGCUUCAUUCACACACAGCUGCUGGAAUUUCUCUGGACAGAUGGGAGUCAAGGUCACACAAAUGAUUCCUUUGAUUCAGAAGUUCAUCUGAGAUUUGGGCUUAUCGUCUUUGCUACUAUGUCACAAAGAGAAGAAGAAUUCACUGGUGUUUUCUUCAAUCGAGCCUUUAUUCUCUUCAUUUAUCUCAUCUCCUGUUCAACACCCUCCGUUUGCUGGACAUGAAAACAGUGUAAAGUAUUCCAAGGCCGAGCCUGGCUAACGUAGAUAAAUCUCAACUUUCCCAGGCUGUUACAAACAACAUCCAGUCCUUUCCCUCCGGAGCAUCUUCACAUCCACACCGAGAGUCCUUCACGAGACACGAUCGUCUGCUUGCGUUCACCAGACAUGUGUGUGAUGUUGUGUGCGCUGGUUAUUCUUCUGGGCUUUCCACUUGGGAACACGUUUGUUUUGCAUCCUUCGCCUGAUGCCGAAGCCCACAGAUGCAGAGGAGAACCAGAAAUCAGGAAAAUCCUGCUGGAAUCACUGGACCUACAGCAGGAGCCUCACGUGUCUGUGUUUGGGAUGAAACAACUGCGUGCCCAAUGGAAAGCCACUUUCAAUGCCACCGUAGCUUCCACGCCAGAUAAUUCAACAUUCCCUGAGGAUUCUGGGAACACAACGCAACAGAAGUGUUGUAAACAUUCCUCGCAGGUUUUCAUCAAGGAUUUGGGCUGGGACCACUGGAUUGUUCAUCCUGAGACUUUUACCUUUACCCACUGCAAAUCCUGCAACCCUAAUCAAUGUUCCUCGGCACAGUGCUGUAAGGCGACCGCUCAUGAUAUUCUCCCGUUCGUCUACGUGGAUGACUGGAGCAGUUUGGUUGUGUCUUCUGUGAGCAUGGCCCGUGAGUGUGGCUGUGACCCUGGAGAAGACCUUGAGGUCAUGACCCCUUCCUAAAAACCUCACCUAUGUGAACACCACCACAGAGCUACUGACACAGUAAAAAAAUCAAGCUUUUUAGGUUCUUGGCUUGGCAAACUUGUUUUAGCAAACAUUUUUUAUUAGAAUGCCUUGAAAUGUAAGAAACAUUGUGAAUACAAACUAUUAACUUUUGUGGGUUUUAAGGGUGCUAUUAAAUAUGAAGUGGAAAAAUACAAAUUUUCACUUUCUCAGAAGACAGCAAAAUUCUUAAUCUAACCCAGUGUUUGUUUUUCCCCAAAAGAGCACAAUGAACCUUCUGUUGGAGAUAAAUUCUAGCCCAAAUCUCUCUCUCUCUCUCUCUCUCUCUCUCUCUCUCUCUCUCUCUCUCUCUCUCUUCUCCCUGUUGAAUGCAAAGCUGUAUAAAAUGAAUAACUUUUAGAGUUUAAGGGUUAAAGUCUGCCCACAGUUUAUUGGCCAGCAGCCUUUUGUUCCAUAAAAACAUCAAAAUGUAACCCUGCCAAAAGUUUCCCCAGCGUGAUUCAGUUCUCUAAAGAGCAAAUUCAAGACUGUCAUGAAAUUCUUUUGAAACGUGUAUGAAUUUGAUUGAAUCUAUUUUAGAUGCUAUUUGAUUGUAAUUAAUUUGUGAAUAAUUUGAUGAUUAUCUUUUCACUCAUCAGUUCUUGUUUGUUCAUGUGUAUCUCUGAAUCUGGUGGAGAAGUGGAAUGAAUGGGUGGAGACAUUAACGUUUCAGUACUAAAAUAGUUUACAAAUUUGACUCUUGGGUUUAAUGCAGUGUAGUUGGUUGACCUUCUUUCAUUUAAUCUUUUUAAACAGAUUUAUUUUUAAUCAGGUCUAAUGUGGAAACAUUUAUUUGCAUGAUGUGCAUCUGUUAAUGAAUCUCUUAUUCUGCUUUAUAUAUCACAAAAUCAUUUGAUUUCAGUAUCGUUUAUUAUGACAUGUAUCUGCAUGAUGUUUUAUUAAACAAGCUUUCAUGAAGUAAAUAA